AUGGCGGCCGCCCUGGGAGCGGGCGGAGGAGCCGGCGCCGGAGCCGUGGGCCCCUCGGCACGGCGGCGGGCCCCGGGCGGCGAGGCUGCGGCCUGCGGGGCCGCGACCCGCUCAGACCGGCCGUGUGCGGGCGAGCGGGAUGAUGACUUUGACCAGUUUGAUAAGCCUGGGGCAGAGCGAUCCUGGAGGAGAAGAGCUGCAGACGAAGACUGGGACAGUGAACUUGAAGAUGACUUACUUGGAGAAGAUUUGCUGUCUGGCAAAAAGAAUCAGUCGGAUUUGUCAGAUGAAGAGCUGAAUGAUGAUCUUUUACAGAGUGAUAAUGAGGAUGAAGAAAAUUUCAGUUCUCAGGGUGUCACAAUUAGUUUAAAUACCACAUCUGGCAUGGUCACGUCAUUUGAACUGUCUGACAACACUAAUGAGCAAUCCGGAGAACAGGAAUCUGAGUAUGAACAAGGAGAGGAUGAACUUGUUUAUCACAAAUCCGACGGCUCUGAAUUGUAUGCUCACGAGUACCCGGAAGAAGGACAGUAUGAAGGCCACGAUGCUGAGCUGACAGAGGACCACAUGGAGUAUGUGGAGGAGCCCGAGGAGGAGCAGCUGUACAAUGAUGAAGUGUUAGACAUCGAGAUCAAUGAGCCUUUAGAUGAAUUCACAGAUGAAGAAUACUUGCAGGCUUGUGGGCAACAAGUGCUGCAAGAGCAGGAAGACUGUGUUGCUGAAGAUGAAUUAGAUGAGAUUACUGACCCCCAGGUUGCUCCUGAAACUGAAGAGGGAGGUAUGGAAACUUUGGAACUACAGAAGGACAUAAAAGAAGAAUCAGAUGAAGAAGAUGAUGAUGAUGAAGAAUCUGGACGAUUACGUUUCAAAACUGAAAGGAAAGAAGGAACAAUUAUUAGGCUCUCAGAUGUAACUAGAGAGAGAAGGAACAUUCCAGAAACUUUGGAGCUUUCAGCAGAAGCCAAAGCUGCAUUGCUUGAAUUCGAAGAAAGAGAGCGACAGCAUAAGCAGGGGCGCUAUGGUUCGCGGCGGGGAGGAAGGAGAGGAGGCUCUGUGGUGUGCCGUGGAAUGGGGGACCAGAGGAGAGAGAGCAGCGAGCGAGCGAGAAUAAAAGAUCACAGACCUGCCCUGCUUCCGACGCAGCCUCCUGGCGUGACACACUCUCCAAGACUGAUUCCCCCUCCGCAGCCUCAGCCGCCGCCGCCGCCACCGCCGCCACCGCCCGCACAGCAGCAGCCCAUCCGAAGUCUGUUCCAGCAGCAGCAGCUGCAGCCCCUGCUCCCCCUGCAGCACCCACACCACGCCUCGCCGCCCCCGGGGGUGCACGUGCCGCCCCAGAUGGAGGCCCCGAGGGGGAUGAUGACCCCGCCCCCCGUGACCCCGCAGCAGCCCAAGAACAUACACAUCAACCCCCACUUCAAAGGGGCAGUGGUGACGCCCGUCCAAGUGCCCUUGCUGCCAGUCCCGAGCCAGCCGAGACCUGCUGUGGGGCCCCAGAGAUUCCCAGGCCCUCCAGAGUUCCCGCAGCACGCACCUGGGCCUGUACCCAGCAAUUUCAGCCAGCCCCCACGACUUCCCCUCCAGGACCAGUGGAGGGCCCCGCCCCCGCCGCAGGAGCGAGACCCUUUCUUCUUAGGAGUUUCAGGUGAACCAAGGUUCCCGAGUCAUCUUUUUCUGGAACAGCGAAGCCCCCCUCCACCGCCACCGCCCCCCACGCUUCUUAGCAGCACUCACCCAGUGCCCACCCCUAGUCCCUUACCGUUCACUCAGCCUGGACCAGCGUUUAAUCAGCAGGGACAGCAGCCCGUGUUCCCCAGAGAGAGGCCCGUCAGGCCAGCUCUCCAGCCACCAGGUCCAGUGGGGAUCCUUCACUUUAGCCAGCCAGGCUCAGCGGCCACGCGGCCUUUCAUCCCUCCUCGGCAGCCCUUCCUGCCUGGCCCGGGACAGCCGUUUCUGCCCACCCACGCACAGCCUAACCUGCAGGGGCCUCUGCACCCCCCACUGCCCCCUCCGCACCAGCCGCAGCCCCAGCCCCAGCAGCAGCCCCCGCUCCAGCCACAGCACCAGCCUCCGCUCCAGCCGCCCCCGCAGCACCAGCCACCCCCGCAGCCGCCUCACCAGCCACAGCACCAGCACCACCACCACCUCUCCGUCCCGCCCCCGCCGCUCAUGCCCAUGUCGCAGCCCCAGUUUAGGCCUCACGUCCAGACGGCCCAGCCUCCACCCAGCAGCGGCCGGAUGCAGUGCCCCCAGCGCCAGGGGCUGAGGCAUAAUACAACUUCUCAGAAUGUAACCAAACGGCCAAUGCAGCAAAUGCAGCCAACUGCUCCGAGAAACAGUAAUCUGCGCGAGUUGCCCAUAGCGCCGUCGCACGUGAUGGAAAUGAGUAGCAGCCGCUGCUCCUCCACACCUGCAGCUCCCGGGAAGCCGAUCGCCAGCACGUCCCCGCCCACGAGGCCGGGGGGCGGGCCCAGGAGCGCACAGGGCAAGACUGAAGCCAGAGUCAAGCCGGUCAGCCCUGUGGUUCAGCCCAGAGAGGAGGCAAAAACAGAACCAGAGUUUCCUGACGAAGAUGAAGAAACAAGGCUAUAUCGCUUGAAGAUCGAAGAACAGAAGCGCCUCCGGGAAGAGAUCCUCAAGCAGAAGGAGCUGCGCCGGCAGCAGCAGGCGGGAGCGCGGAAGAAGGAGCUGCUCGAGAGGCUGGCCCAGCAGCAGCUCCACCUGCCCCCGGCCUCGGCAGAGCCGGAGCAGCCGGCGGCCUCCCCAUCGCCCACCAAUGGAAACCCACUGUUACCCUUCCCAGGUGCACAGGUCAGACAAAACGUGAAAAACAGACUUCUCGUGAAAAACCAAGAUGUCACUCUUUCCAAUGUUCAGCCCAAAACAUCAAAUUUUGUGCCAUCUGGUGCUAACAUGCAGUAUCAAGGACAACUGAUGAAACCAUUGAAACCUUUGAGACAGGCCAGAACCGUACCUCAGAGUCCAGCUCAGCACAAAGUCCUGCAGGUAAAACCUGCGGACGGGGAGGGGCCGCCACCCCCCUCACAGACCGCUCGAGUGGCGUCCCUCCAGGGCCGGCCCCCGGACGCCAAGCCCGGCGCGAAAAGGACUGUCAUGCACCGGGCAAACAGCGGUGGCGGAGAUGGGCCGCACGUCAGCUCCAAGGUCAGGGUGAUUAAGUUGUCAGGCGGGCAGGGAGGAGAGAGCGACGGCUUUUUUCACCCUGAGGGCCAGCCCCAGCGGCUCCCACAGCCCCCAGAAGUGAGGCAGCAGCCCGCCCGCAAGGUGACGCUGACCAAGGGGGCCCUUCAGCAGCCCCACCACCCACCGGUGGCGUCCCACGUGCACUCGGCCGGCCCUCCGGGCAUCAAGAGCAUCCAGGGAGUCCAUCUGGCCAAGAAGGUCCUCAUGCACGGGAGGGGCCGAGGCGUGGCAGGAGCGAUGGGCCGGGGACGCCUGAUGCCGAACAAGCAGAACCUCCGAGUGGUGGAGUGUAAGCCUCAGCCCUGUGUCGUGUCUGUUGAAGGGCUUUCUUCGUCCACUACUGAUGUCCAGCUGAAGAACCUACUGAUGUCAGUAGGCCCCAUUCAGAGUUUACAGAUGCUUCCCCAGCAACGGAAAGCCAUAGCUAAGUUCAAGGAACCAGCUCAUGCGUUAGCAUUUCAACAGAAAUUCCACAGGCACAUGAUAGAUUUGUCCCACAUAAAUGUGGCCCUGAUUGUUGAGUGA